AUGGCAGGUCACAUGGAUUCUAUGUUCAAUGGGGGGUGGGAACCCUCCGAGAUCGAGACAGCAAAAUCACUCAUCGCUAGGCACAACAACAAUAACAACAGCUAUGACGACGGCACGAACUAUAAGUACUACGACAUUGUGGAUGUGCUCCAAACAAGGUUCCCUUGGAAGGCGAAGCAUCAGGUAACCGACUUGUACGUUGAUCUUGUGGUGGAGAUGAUGCAGACGAUGCAUUGCCAAGAGAAUAGCAGCACCGGCGACGCCUUCUACCAGCCUCCGGCGGUGGGCAGCGACCUCGUGAACAACAACUUGGGGGUGCGGGAGGAGGAGGAGGAGGAGGAGGCGGAGUGGCAGCCCGCUCCUCAGCCGGUGUGGCACACGGGGAGGUUUUGGACGACGGAGGAGCACAGGUUGUUCAUCCGCGGUCUGCGCGUGUACGGCCGCGGCGACUGGACGAACAUCUCCACGCACUGCGUCAGAUCCAGGACGCCGUUGCAGGUCUCCAUCCACGCGGAGAAGUAUUUCCGCAGGCUGGAGAGCGCCGCCAGGAGGCAGCGCUACACCAUCAACGACGUCGGCAUCUACGAGGCCGAGCCCUGGGCGCAGAACUCAUCCGGCUGGGAGGCGCUCGCCUACGCCGCCGCCGGCUACAACCCAAACGGCAGCUACCGCGCCGGCGGUCAGUAUUCGACCCAGGCCACCGCCAUGAACAACCACGCCCAGGUCCGGUCGCCCUUCCUGUACCACGCCGGUGAGGCGAGCAGCAGCCAGGCUGCUGCCUGGGCUGGUGAUCAGCAGAUGGGGGCUUCUACUGCAGCUCCGGCAAUGGCAGGGGCCGGGAGCCAGACGGCCUGGAUGAACAACAUGCACUAG